AUCGAUUUCAAACUCCCCCCAAAUUUCAAGCAACACUUUUGUUUUCGUUAUCAAUCUCUCCAAAAAAACCGAUGGCACCAAAGGCCGAGAAGAAGCCGACGGAGGAAAAGAAAACUGUUUCCGAGAAAGCGCCGGCAGAGAAGAAGCCGAAGGCCGGGAAGAAACUGCCUAAGGAAGCCGCCGGAGAUAAGAAGAAGAAGAGAUCCAAGAAGAGCGUCGAGACCUACAAGAUCUACAUCUUCAAGGUGUUGAAACAGGUGCAUCCGGAUAUCGGAAUCUCGAGCAAGGCGAUGGGAAUCAUGAACAGUUUCAUUAACGAUAUCUUCGAGAAACUUGCACAAGAGAGUUCUAGGCUCGCGAGAUACAACAAGAAGCCGACGAUCACAUCUAGGGAAAUACAGACCGCGGUGAGGCUUGUUCUUCCUGGUGAAUUGGCCAAGCACGCCGUGUCGGAAGGCACGAAGGCGGUGACGAAGUUUACCAGCUCUUGAUUUGAUUUUGUUGUUCAUAUGAUUUGAUGUGUUCAUGAAACAAUCCAGCGUUAGGGUUUUGCAACUUUUGAUAAUCAGGUAUUAGCAAUUCUACGACUUCUAGUUUUUGUUUUUAGGGAUAUCGACUCUGUAAAUUUGGAUUUACUUGAUCCAAUUUGUCCGGUGCAAAACAUAUGAAAUUCAUUUCUGUUCUACUA